CGUCGUCUCGUCGUCAAUUCGUUCUUAGCUAUGGGUCCGUUAAACAUCAUCCGGCAGGUGUUUUUAAUAUGUCUAGCUCUGCGAGUGGCGGCCGAAGACGGCGAACAACAAGUGACGGCGGCCACGGCGUCGCCGGUCAAGAAACUGGAGCCGGACGUUCCGGCCACGCCGCCCAACACUCUGCCGGCGGACGUAUCCAUCCUUAAGCAGAUCAACAAAGUGAACGACGACGGUUCGUAUACGUUCGGUUACGAGGCGUCCGACGGUAGCUUUAAAGUGGAAACUCGGGACGUGGCGGGCAACGUUAAGGGCAUGUUUGGAUUCGUGGACGAGACGGGACAGUUAAAACGGGUGUCCUACUCCGCCAGCAAUUCGUCCGGGUUCCAAACGAGCGGCGCGUCGACGACACCUGCGGACUACGAAACGGCGUCUACCGGUAAGCCGUCUACCGUGCAGGUCAUACCGAAUAAAGAAGAGGAACCCAAAACGAGCGGGUUAAAAAAGAUACUGGUGUCCAAACGGCCAGUAAACGAACAGACGAACGGGCGGCGGGAGGGCAACGAUCUUCGCCGGCAAUUGCCCCGAAAUGAAAAUGACUCUCCAGACGUGUACGGUGUGCACGGAAGGUCCAGCCUGCAGUCGGCGCCAGUGUCACCGGUCAUAUCAGCCCUGAUGUCCGAACUGGAUCCUGUACGCGUCCAAUACAGGCCCCCACCGUCGGUUUAUAACAAAGCUGGACAGACAGCGCCUUUCCAGCGGGCCAAGUAUGAAGAACACGAACGAAUGGGUCGACCUAUUGACGAGGACGACGACAACGAUGUCAAUGAACCGGUAACCGCGCCGGCCGGUCAAACGCCGCUGCCCUCAUCUACACAAUACCAACCCGUGCCGCUCCAAUACCAACAGUCGUACCCAUUACAAUAUCCACAACCCGUGUACCCGGUGAUGAAUCCAUAUUCGUUUAACCCUAAUACGCUGAUAGCGCUCCGCGAUGACCUCAUGGAACUCAUAUUGACUUUAGUGCAAACGCGCAUUUCACAGUUACCACUCGGCAACGUUGGCGGCGGCGGCGGCUUAGGCGGACCCUAUCAGCCGUAUCCCUUGCCGUACCAACAGCCUUACUACGUGCCCAAUUAUUAUCAAGGCCCGCGAUUGCAACCCAGGCCCCUUGCCGCGGGCAACGUGCAAUUUUCCGGUCAGCAGGACAGCCUUACCCGAUCGCCCCGAGUCACGCAGACAUUCAAAGACGGUCUGAUCCGAAUGCUGUUGACCACAAGUCCUAGGUACUCUGGUAACACCGAUGUCGACGUCGAAGAACAGACUGCUCCACGUUCGAUGUUCAGGCGUACCACUCAGUCCACGCCUGUCAGAAACGUGCAGAUUAUUUCGGAUGACAAUUCGGUAGACAACAGGCCCGUCACUACAGAAUCCUCCGAUUAGAUAAAUAUUAAGAAGUGAGUGAGUAAUAUCGAAUACAAUUUUAUUUUUAUUUUUAUAACUUGUGUAUAUACCCUGCAUUGUUUGUUAUACAUUAAAACGUGUAAUUUUCUCAGAAAUUAAGUUACUUGAUCAUGACUUAAUAAUUUGAUCGCGGACUUUGUCCGUUGUACGGUGUACCGAUUCCUUGUCUAGCCAUGAAUUUCAAUAUUGUUAUGUCUUAUGCACUUUGUACUUUUAAUAUAAAUUAUGCUUUCGUGUCAA